GUUGUAUAAGUGAAAUAUUCUUGAGUAUGGUAUAAAACACCAAUCGAAUAAAUAACAUAAUGCUAGCGAUCUGUCAGACAAGUGAAGUAGUCUUUAGUACGUUGUAAAACCCCAAUGAACUAAAUAAAAUAAAUAAAUGAGUGCAAAAGUAAGUGAUUUACUUGUUGAUUUUUGUAUGUGCAGGUAAUUUUAUGACAGCAGCAAGGCCAGGAAGUUGACCAUGAAUCCAGAAUCACAGGUUACAACGCGGGGUGGACAGUUACAGAGAGUUACCUCCCCUUACGGGAUACCAGAAGGCGCCGUUCCACUUGACAGGCAGGAAGUAUUGAAGGUUCAAUGGACAACAAUAAGAAACUGGAAACCAAGGAGCGAAAUGUGGCCGUUUAUCCACGGUGCAUCUCUACUGGCCUCGUUCAGCGCUUUAUCUGGAGCCGUGUGCAACAUGUAUUUCCGGGAGAAAUUUAAUGUGCAGAAAUUUGGACGAGCGUCUACCUUUGUCCCCAUCAUAGUCAUACCUGCUGCACUAAGCAUGAUUACACACCAGCUCUGGGUUAGCAAUACGAUUCUUGUCGAUGAAUUCUCGUGCCCGUUGUGCGGACAAGUACGAGCGGGGACCAUACAAGCCAUCUUGGGUGCAGUGUAUCCGUGCACGUUGGCCGCUCCAUUGGCGAUAGUUCUGGCGCGACGCAACUGGACGUACCCAGUCCCUACAAUCACGGAACACAGACAGGUGCUGAGCAUGCUCAGUAAGACUGGACGCCCAUUUCAACUGCCUUUCCUGGUCAUUUUCAUGGGGCAAUUUGUCAUGGGAAUGGCCAUGGCAAAGCAACAACAGCGCGUUUUCAACGAAAAACUGUCAGCUGGCAUGUUGCCAAGGGAUCCAAAUGAUAUUGAUAGGAGCUGAUGAAAGAUGCAUCUUAGUUAAGUAUUAGUUUUUUUUUUAAAUUCUUUUUUAUUGUAAAGGUCUCUAUGAAUACAUUUUGAAUUGUGUAAGAGAUUCAAUAGUCAUGAAUUGAUGUUUAGAACCGGAAUUUGUGAUAGCUGUCUCACCAGGCAAUUAUUCUGUGUGUUUGUGCUAAUUUUGUUUGUUCAAAUAUACGAGAUUAAACUCCCAGUUUUUGAGUGUGAAAUAUGCAUACCUUGUGGGGUCACGACAGUUAGAUAGAUUCUGUGUAGAACCUGUGGGACUUUCACUUUCACUUUUAUCACAGAGACACUGCUGGCUUAAUACAAAUCACACACACUUGUUUGCUGGUAGUCAUGUGUUUUUUCACCUUUUAACAAAUCCUACACACAAAUCUUAUUACACAUCUACACAUGUUAACACACUGAGAAUCAAGCCAAAAUAUUUAAUGCCAGCAGUAAAUUUUAUAUGUCAUUCAUAGUGUAACCCAGGUUUUUACAACUUGUUCCAGUUUGUGGGGGAGGGGGUUAUAUACUGUCACCAGAUGAUGAAAGAACACAGCCCAAGUCAGAGUCACACUUCAGGAUCAAUAUAUUUUAACACCUGAUCCCUAAAAAAAUGAUCAGCUAAUGUGACUGGGUCAGAGUGGAUAUAUAUCAGCCGGUUAUAUUCCUGGUUUGUGACAGUUUGAAAUGACUGCAAAACCUGAUGGUGUUGGACGGCAUGAUUGAUUGAUUUUUUUUUUUAUUUCAUCAUUGUUUUACGCCAUACUCAAGAAUAUUUAACUUGUACGAUAUUGACUAGGAUUAUGGGAGGAGGUAACUGGGCGAUACUCACAAUCCAAAGGUUGCUGUCAGGCCUUCCCACAUGUCGAGAGGAAGCCAGCGCGAGCUGGACGAACUUACAGUGACCGCAUUGGUGUUUACGCUAAUUUUUGAAGGCUGCAAAGCAACCACAGUGGGGAGAGGAUCCUGGGUCAUUUUGUCACUCUGACAUGCUAAGCAGGGAGGCCUGAAUCACAAGAUUACAACCGUGAGAAAACAUGGACAUGUGUACUGCAGGUGUGCCAGAAAUCUCAGGUGUGCUCUGUGGAGCUUGUUUCCUUCAUGUGUUCAAAUGUUUCAUGUUGAAAGUAAGGUCCAUUAUAUUUUAGAAUGAUGGUGAUGGCAGGGUUG